GCUUGGGGCUGGAGACGCUGUCGCCGUCGCUGGGCGGGGCCUAGAGGGAAGAGGCGGGGCUUAGGGCCCGGCCUGCGGCGGCGGUCACCGGAGCCGUCGGGCCGGGCGGCGGACAGCCGAGGACCGCGGGGCGGCGCCGUGUCCUCCGCCAUGACAGAUCAGACCUACUGUGACCGGCUGGUACAGGACACACCUUUCCUGACAGGACAGGGUCGCCUGAGCGAGCAACAAGUGGACAGGAUCAUCCUCCAGCUGAACCGCUACUACCCACAAAUCCUUACCAACAAGGAGGCCGAAAAGUUCCGGAACCCCAAGGCGUCCCUGCGUGUGCGGCUCUGCGACCUCCUGAGCCACCUUCAGCAGCGUGGGGAGCGGCACUGUCAGGAAUUCUACCGAGCGCUCUACAUCCAUGCCCAGCCCCUGCACAAUCACCUGCCCAGCCGCUACGCCCUUCAAAACUCAGAUUGCAGAGAGCUGGACUGGGACAGUGAGAGCCGUGAGCUGAGUGACAGGGGACCCAUGAGCUUCCUGGCAGGCCUAGGCCUGGCCGCGGGCCUGGCCCUCCUCCUCUACUGCUGCCCUCCAGACCCCAAAGUGCUGCCGGGGACGCGUCGCAUCCUUGCCUUCUCGCCCGUCAUCAUUGACAGGCAUGUCAGCCGCUACCUGUUGGCCUUCCUGGCAGAUGACCUCGGAGGGUUCUGAGGAACCCAGACCCUGGGCCGUACCUGCUGCUUAACCAAAGAAUCCCCUGGCCACCCACUGUGGGGUCCGCACUUCUUUUUCUAAAUACUCAUUUUUCAUUAUUUAUAAUUUCUACGAGAACACAUCACCUUCACUCUACAAGGUGCUUAAUAUUAAAUGUCCCAGGUGCCUCUGCCUCUCUGAA